UUGAAUGGGGGAGGAGAUAACGAAGAGAAGCCGCCUAGCACCUCACCAGUCAGCGGAAAUCCCAAAGGAAAACAUAGAGGCUACCCUCCGCAAUAGCUGCGGCUCCUUGUUCACACGCGCUGAUUUAACAGGCCACCCCUCGCAGGCAGCUCUGCCCACAGAAAUCCGCAGCAAUGGGCGUGGAAGGCUGCACCAAGUGCAUCAAAUACCUGCUUUUUGUCUUUAAUUUUGUCUUUUGGCUCGCAGGAGGAAUCAUUCUUGGUGUGGCACUCUGGCUCCGUCAUGAUUCGCAGACCACAAAUAUCCUGUACUUACAUCUAGGUGACAAGCAGGCCCCUAACACAUUCUAUAUUGGGAUCUACAUCCUGAUUGCUGUUGGUGCAGUGAUGAUGUUUGUGGGGUUCCUGGGAUGCUACGGUGCUAUCCAGGAGUCCCAGUGCCUUCUGGGAACGUUCUUCACUUGCCUGGUGAUCCUGUUUGCUUGUGAAGUGGCUGCUGGAAUCUGGGGGUUCGUCAAUAAAGAUCUGGUUGCCAAAGACGUGAAGCAAUUCUACGAUCAAGCAUUGCAACAAGCGUUGCAACAAGACCAGUCAGAUUCUGACGCAACUAAUGCGAAAACUGUGGUGAAGACCUUCCAUGAAACGCUGGAUUGCUGCGGUGCAAAUACCAUAAUGGCCAUAGGCACCGCGGUCAUACGUAAUGAUCUCUGUCCAAAGGAACAAAUCUUGGUGGAAACUGUUGUCCAGGGUCGCCUACCCCAGGAUUGUCAUAAGAAGAUUGAUGAGCUGUUCUCAGAGAAGUUGUACCUGAUCGGUGUUGCAGCCAUUGUGGUGGCUGUGAUCAUGAUCUUCGAAAUGAUCCUGAGCAUGAUACUGUGCUGUGGCAUAAGGAAUAGCACCGUGUAUUGAGAAGUGGAGAGCUGGGGGGGGGGGGGGGGAAGGUUGGAGAUGACCGUGCAAAAGGGACCCCAAGUGCCACCAAGUGACCAGGAGACAUUUCAACAAAAGAUGACAAAGAAAACUAUGUAUAUAAAUACUUCCAAUAUUACCAUGCAGUACUUAUCAUUUUUACUUUAAACUACUUUUUUUUUUUUAAACAAGUAAAACUUUCCCAUGAUCUUGUGGCUGAGUUAGUUACACAUCAGUUUUGUGUGGUAGGGAAAGCUACUGUACCAGCGAUUCUGACCCCCCCCCCCUUUUUUUUUUUUGGUCCUCCCCAUUAUUUCAGUGAUGAUGUUUAUGGUGCAGAAACACAGAGGUACAGAGCAGCGGGCUACAGCCUCUUGUGAGGACAAUGAACACCUUUGCCUAGGUUUUUUGUUGUUUUUUUGUUUUUGUUUUAAGUUUAUAACUGGAAACUGAAGCAGGGUUUUUUGUUUUCCUCUUUUCCCCAUGGCCCUGACUCCAUGGCAUUCCCUAGCUGCUUAUAGGAAAGUUUGACUUGGUGUGCAAAGCCUGGUAGAAAUGAGAGGCCGGGGACAUAGUCGUUCAAGUGGAGAUAGCCUGUUCCAAUCAGACCUCUUUAUGUUGUUAAAUAAACAUGAGAGUUGAAUAGUGACAAUUUUAAAUUCUAACUUUUGAUUUUUUUUCCCAUGGAGUUUGUAACUCAUUUAAAAACAAAAAAACCAAAUUGACCCAUUCAUUUAGAGCUGAAGCUGUCUCACGGGUUCAUAGCCAAGGAGUGAAUUCUUACCCUGAUUUUUCCACCCCAAAUUCUACAAAUGACUGAAAAAUAAAUCUGCUUUAUGUUCCUGGGGGCUUACUGUCCAGUCUGGUUUUGUUAGUUUCUAAUUUGAACUAAUACUUCCAUAUAAAUGAUACCUUAAAAAGGGGAGGGUAGGUAAGCGCUGAGAUUUGGAACACUCAGAAUCCUCCACAAAACAAAUGCAGGAUGACUUUUGGGUGUAUUCUCAUGUUAUUUCAAACUAAUGUUGUCUUUGCAUCAUAAUUCUCUUUGAUACAGUUUUGCUUGCUCAUUGCAUAUUGUCAUAUAUGCUGUAAUUAUGCCAAAAAUCCUGUAACCUAUUAAAGAAACAUUGUUUUUUAAAAGCCCUUAAUUUAAAACCUACAUUAAGAGUUGGAAACCAACUCGCUCAAGCUGGGAAAUUCAGGAUUUAAGAAGGCACCAGUUUGAACAUACUUUUUUGUGUGGGUUAAAAUCCAAGCUAGAUGUUACCAACUAAAUGUGUGUGGCUUUAACUGUAUGCCACUCCAUUGGACUAACAGAAUCGCUAUUGCCCUGUACAUAGAGGAUACUGUGUGCCUCAAAUCCUAUGUAAUAAACCGUCUGUCUCUCUCAAAGAUGUUCUAUAUGUAUAGAUAGAUAUAUUUUAAACAAAACUAUUUCACUUUUCCCUACCCCUUAUGGGCACUUGAGUUGGGGACUACAGCAUCUUGCAGCUGUUGGCUGAGCAGAAGCAGGAUGUUUUUAUUCUCAGCCCAGUAAAGAUUUGAGGUUCCUCUUGCAUUCUCUCUCUUCCCGCCCCCGUCCACCCUUUUAAGGGAUGUUUCUGUUUCCCUGAAGUGUUUCUUUUGUAACUUUCAAAAGGAAGAGUGUUCCAAAUCAGGUUUGGGGUGAGGGGGAUCCUGUGUUCUUUCUAGGCCAUACACGUCCCUUCACCAUUGUGCGUUGGAUACCACAGCCAUUGCUACACGCUGAAUGAGGGAUUCCCACAAGUGGGCAAAUUGAUCAAUCCAGAGGCUUAUUUUUUCUCCUUGUUUCCCUUUCUUGCCUCUUUAAGCACAUAAGGGCUUUUAAAAAAAAAAAAAAGUAACCUAAGGAAGAGAUGUAUCAACACAGCCUAGAUUGAUUGGGGGUUGGGCGGGAAGUAAUUUAACCAGAGAAGCAGCCUUAAAGUAACAUUGCUCUGAAUGUCCAUUUUGCAUGCAUUGGAAACAAGAACAGAUUGUGCACCAGGUGCCUCCUCCACUGUACAUUUUUUAGGGUCACCUCCUCUGAUAUGUGGCUAAAUGUAAAAUGUGAUGCAUCAGCUGAGCAUGUGUGUUUACAUAUAUGUGCAUCAGGGCUGUUAGAAUACAGAAUGGAUGUGUAACUCGCCACCUCUUUGUCGACUGUUGAUAAAUAUGCCAUUAAGCAUUUCAGUUUUGUUUUUUCCUAUACCGUAUAUUUGAUAUUGUUCAGUAUUCAGUUAAUAUUGUGUCAGUAGCUGGAGCUCUGUUUGAAGAUUUGCUGGGUCUCCAAAGAAGCAAGUGCAGGUCAGGCACGUUCUUAGAUGUAGCUUUAAGGUACUAGACUUGCCCUUUGCAGUAGCAAGUGGGAAGAAGCGACUAUUGAGAAGCGUGCUGGGCUGAAGCCUGAUAAGUGUGGGAGGAAAACACAGAAGCAAAGUCUUUGGUCAAAAAGUGCUCUGGGAUUGCUGGAAUUUGUCAUCUGCCUCCGAACUACAUAACAGAAAGUAACUAGUCACUUCGCACUCUAGUGGUGGCCUUGUAGUUGUCAGCUACCUAUGCAGCCUCCCGCCCUGGAGAAGAAGCCUGCAUGGAAGAGAUGCUGAUGGAACUCGGAGCUCUAAAGGCUGGGGAAAUGGUUUUUGAAUGUGGUGGCGGCGGCAGUGAUUUGGGACUAGGUUAGAGGGAAUAGAGUCCUGAGAACACAGAGUGGUACUGGAGGUCACUGAAGGAAGCUGAAAGAUGGGUUUCACUGGGUGGCAUUAAUGCCCUGUCCAUUUCUCUUCAGGGUUAUUACAGGAGUGUUCCCAUGUCCCAUUGCUUGUUUGUCAGCCCACCAGGCCAGGGGAGGGAAAGAAGGAGCUGCCAUGCUUAAGAAUGGACUGAGGAGUUGAGGAACAGCUGAGGAAAAACAACCCCCUUUGGUCUUCUCUGUCCUAAACUCCUGAGAAGGGGAGGCCUAAGCAGAAUGGAGGCAGGGGUAUGUGAAAAUUUGAGAGUAGACUCCCCCCAAGUUAUCCCUGAGAACUGCUCAGUAUCCAAAGGGACAUUGCCCUGUAUCUGAAUAACCAGUCCUAAAGCUAGAUGAGGAGGAAGAGAAGCAGAACACAGGCCCCAUGUUCCUGCUAAGUGACUAUCCUGCCUAUGUAUGUGUACACACAUGCAAGCAUACAGACCCAGGGCCUGAUCCUGGAGACCCUUUACAGAUAGGAUUGGUGUCCACUGCAUAGGGCUUUGCAGGAUCAGGGCUGUGGGCUAUAAAUACGCACAAACACUGCCUCUGAACAGAAACCAGAGGAAACGACCGGUCAUUGAGAAAACAGUCAUAAGGCAAAGGAAGAAGAGGAGAGCCCCAUCUCACUGCGGGAGGCCAGGAGCAGGGAACUAACCAGGGCUGGGUUUGAAGACCCAUGCUAGAAAGUCAAACAGAGCUGCUGCCAGCUGAACUGAAUGCUUGGGAUUCUUUUAUAUUAUGGAGCAUGCCACAAAGCUGUGUGUUUAACUUCUUCCUCCAGAUGCCUUGUUUUUUUGUUUUGUUUGUUUUUAAGAAAAAAAAUCUAAUGUUAAUCAUAGUGUGUAUAGUGUGACCAUGCUCUACGAUUUACAACCAGUUCACCUUAACACCAGGAUGCUUCAUGAGCCAGGCUGUGGCAGCAUGGGCAGAGCCAGGCCUCUGGAAUGAUGGAGGAGGAGGAGAAAUGGGCAGGCUGGAGAGGGACAUCCAGAAUCAAGCUAAGUAAAGGCAAAUGGCUCUUGCCAACAGCAGUUGCUGCCGCAGGUGCCCUCCUUUGGGAGGGGCAGCAGUGGGGGAGCUAGUAUGUAUUCCAAAAUGACGAGAGGGUUAAAAUUCAGAAAGGCCUGUGGUGGCUAAAAAGCAACUGAGAAUAUCCCAAAGAGCUCAUUGUUCCCCGACCUAACGGAAUGGCUUUCUGAUGUGUCAGAUGGUCCAGCCAAGGGGUAACUGACUGCUGCCAUCUGCCCCAUCUGAUGAAGCUCCUGCAGUGAGCAAGAGGGGCAAGUACAGUGCUGUGAUCCCACAACUGCCCUUCCCUACCCAUCCCCUGUACCUUUCAUGACCGGCAGUACAGGCAUCCCAGGUUGGCUCCAGGCUCCCACCAUUGCUUCUGCUGAAACAGGAACGGGAGGGAGAGGUGUCCUGUGUGACUGUCCCCAAAACACAAGCAGCCUCCAUUUCUUGCUCCCUUUGGCUGUGCCUGUGCUAAGACAUCAUGUCCAUCCAUUGUCUUUUCACUUGUUUACCUGAAUGUUAAUGGAGUCCAACAAUUACUUUACUUUACAAAAUGGAUAUUUAAAAACAAUAAACUUACCAAAAAAAGUGUUGUCAGCUUUUGUCUCUUUCCAAGGAUGAGAUCCCAGCCGCCUCUUCAAAGAGAAACAGGGGGCUCUGAAUUCAAGCUUGGGUGAACCCUGUCUCCUUAACUUCCCUGAGUAUUAAUAAAGUCUAUAUUUUGAGUCCUAUUUUUGACAAGUUUCCCCUCCCACUUCCACACUUUCCAGGGCCCCUAGCUAUCCUUUUAGACAUGUGCAUGUUGGUGGUGUUGGCCACUUUUGGGGGGGUGGGGUUGUUUGUUUGUUUUUUAAAUCCUUAUUGGAAGCAUUACAAAUAAAUGAAUACAUAUCAAUGCCAUGCCUUUUCCCUGGGUUAAUCAGAAGCACUGCAGUACAUAUCCCAGUGUGGUGAUAUUUAAAACACUCCAGGUACAAAUUCACACAAAUUUCUUUGGUUUUUUUCCCAGUUCAGUUCACACAGAUAUAGCUCCUCUGGUGUAGAUAAUCUGUGACACAACUUUAAGAGUCCCCCAUCAGCUUCUGGCUCAGAUGGUGCUUAAUAAUUCCUUGCACGGCAGAUCACUCAGUCAUGCACAUAAUUGUUUUAUGUCAGUCCACAAUUGGACUGGAAUGGGCUCAGUACUAAAUUCUGUCCUCCAAAGUUAGAUAGUAAAUGUCUAUAGAAUUAGCACCUCUCUCUCUGUGCAUCGUUGAGCAUCUGGUUUCAGAUCUGGGCAAAAGCAGACUGGGCCAAAUGCAUUUGUUCCUUCAGGGCUAUUGGUGUCCAGAUUCUCCAAAGCCUCUGAAGAAUCAUCACUCAGCUGCUGAGAAAUGUAAAAUAGGAAGUACGCAUAAGGCAUACCUUAAUAGCUUUAUUUUGUGCAUCAAGAGGCACCUUCAGCUCAUUGCACUGAAAGGAAAAAGGUUGCCUUGGGAUGGUGUCAAUUCAUUGACCUUAAACACACAUGCCAGCUGAGCUACCAUGGCUAGUUCUUAGUACCAUUCCCCUCCACCAGUUCUACUCCAGCUUCUUAAACAGUUAGCCGCACAACUUAUCUCUGUCCUCCUUCUCUCCACACCGUCCCCACCCCCCGGAUAUUUUGAAUCAUUUGAAGUGUCCUAUUAGGGUUCUAGAGUCUCAAUCAAAAGUUGGGUGAGUGGUCUGGCCUCAUGCUCCUCUUUUGCACUUUGGUUCUGAUCACAUUCAUCAGUAGCUAUCCCCAUUGUCCCACGCUCUCCUGCCAUGGUUCCGGUGUUGUGCCAAUGGCAUAUUUGUUUCUUCGAUUCCUAUGGCUUUGUAUAAUGUCUCUUCAUGAGCCACUUGAUUAUAAGAGGGUGGUGGCGAGGCCUGAUUCGAGGAACUUUGAGGCGCUUCCAUAGUUAAUCAAAACAUGACAUUCAAAAACAGGCCUUUUUGAAUGUCAUAUUCUCCUUUAUACAAUGGUUGUGCAACACUUUCUUCGCCAACUAUUCAGGGGCAAUGCUGCAAAAGCUCAUUUUUCUCUCUCCCAAGCUAAGAAGGACCUUCUGGUUUGGGUGGCAGCUAGAUAGAAGCAGAUUUUGAAAGGGAAGGAGGUAGGGUGAAGACAGUUGAGCACAUUUUUAUAUUUAUACAUGUAACGAGGUUUAGCAAAAACAGAGGUAUAUGGCCUGUUUGCGUGUGGUGGGUAUAUGGAUGAUGGGGCAUCUACACGAGCACCAAGUACCUCGGAGUUACACAGCUCUCCUCUUAAAUCAGACCCUUGUCCACUCAACUGUGCCUUUUAAAUUUCCCUUCUGCAUUAGGCCUUCUGUCACCAUAACAUCUGUUUUCAAUAAUUUCUCACUAUCAUCUUGUUUUAUUUAGGGUUGUAAAGGAUCUAGGGUUACAGCUGCUGUAGGUGUAAAAUGAAAGUCUUAUAUACGAACAGGAAAAAUCAUUUUUAGGGCCUCUUCAUUGUGCUGGCACAGGCUGCAUGGCCCUUUUAAAAGGGAAUGCGCCCAGUUCACCUGAGAUGAGUUAGUUACCUCCCAAUGGGCCCUAAUUGGGGGUGCCUGACCUCUAUGGAUAUACCUAAACUGGAUCUGGGAGCAUGCUUCCAGCCUGGUUAGCCAGGCUUGCUCUAGCAGGGUUCAAGAUAGCGUGUUUAAAAAUAGCUGUGUGGAUGUUCUGGCUCAAGGAGAAGUUUUAGGUGUCUCACACCCACCUGACCUCCUAGGCUUGCAAGCCCGAGCUCCAGCUGGAGCUGGAACAUCCACAUUGAGGGUGUUUUGUUUUUUUUAAGCACACUAGCUUGAGCCCCACUAGCUCAAGUCUACCUGAGCUGGGAGACUUCCAAUUGCGGUGUAGACCUACCCCAUAAAGGCAGCAGUUGGAAAAAGGGAAGCAGGAAGAAGCUGGUGAGCAUUGUCUGUAGACCGCCGUGUGACACCGAAGAGAGCAGUAGUUGAGAGCGGCUGGUGAAGAGGGAGAAUUGGUGCACUGUUAGGUGACGGCUGUGGGUAGGAACUGUUGGAGAGAAUUGACCAGAGCUGGGGAACCCAGCGGAACAGAGGGCUGUGCAGACGCCCCUAGGUAAGGGACAGAAGUAGAUCAGCCAAUGCCGGCUAAGCCUAGAAACAAGAGGGUGGAUUCUGGAGGGACGCUCCCAUGAACGGGUAGGCUGUGCAGCCAAAGGUGCCUGGGGCAUGGAAAGCUGCAGGGAGCCCUCUCACAGGAGGCCUGAGUUAAGGGCAGCAAGAAGAGAGAUGUAGACAUCAUGAAGUAUUGCCAGAGAUGGAGGCCCUGGAAUAGGAGCAAAGGAACUGAGACCAGAGCGGUGGUUGACUCUUGGAACUAUUGUGGCCUGGGGAAUGGUCCGUGGAGCUGGAGGACAGCUGCAUUUUAAUCUGUUGUACCUGGGGGGGGGAGGAGGUUGAGCUCUCUGAGUCUGAGGGAUUUCCUGAAGGUUGAAAUUAUAUUAAUAAAGCAUGCCCAGCAGCAGGGCUUGAUUUGAACUCAGAGGAACAACCUUCCUUGCCCAGGCAAAUCAGAUGGCUGUUCAUGUGAUCUGUGAUGGAGAAGAAAGGUUAACACAAUCCUUCCUGAGCAGGUGAAGGAGAAACUGUGGCAGACUUGCUAUGGUUGGCUAUAGGAGGGUGCCUGGCAGGGACAAGCUCUGUUUAGAGCUGAUAAGUGAAACAAACAAACAGAACCCUGUAAUUGUUGCUUUGCAGGUACUGCAAGUAACUAUCACUAACUACAUACCCCUUCCAGUGCUUUUGUUAAUGUUACUUACUAUUUCUGAUGCACUGUGAAAAAAUUAUUUGAAAGCUUGCCAAGACAAUGGGAGGAAAUCGUGCCUGACGACAUUGGGGAGAGCAACUAUGGGACAAGCGCUUACUAAUGCUAAAGUAUGACUCAUCAAAGAAUGGAUACAAAACUGUUUUACUAAAAGUCAUUCGCAUUUAGAGAAGUUUUUGGGGUUUGCAUGCGGGGCAAGUCAUUUAGGCACAACUUUAAAAACAAGCCUUUUCUUUCUGUGGCUUUUUAAAGGUUCUUUCUUAGACCAUCCCAACCUUUAAAAAACCCAACCUUUAAAGCCUUGUUGUCAUUUUUAUUUUGCUAGAGUCCGGUACUCACAUGAAGGAGCUUUUCCAUGCUGCCCAGGAAUGGACCAACCUCAUUGUUAGACCUGCUGUCCCCUGGUGGACCUGUAGUAGUUCACUAGCAGCCUACUGUUGAGGCUCCUGUGGCUGUCAUUUCUGGGAGGAGCAGGACAAGGAUCCUUCAGCAGCUAUAGACCGAAUAGGAGCCUAUCUGUGAACAGCCUCAGCUGAGGGGAGGAAAGAAUCAGUGGCUGAUUUAUUUCAGUGGGCUUCCUGUGCGUGGGGAGUAUGAGAGGGUGUAUGUGUGAAAGAGAGAGGUUAUUGUGGGCUCCAGUAUAUGCAGGUUAGGGCUGGGGACUGGCGUGCACAUGCCCUUCCUCUGCAGCUGUGUAAGGCUCUCUCUCUCUCCAGAGUCCCCCAGGCUGUGAUAUAACAACACUGCCUUCUUGGUUUGAUGGUUUCCUGCAUGGCUGCCUAGCUCUGUGUUUCCCCCCAGCCAUCUCAGCCUGAAUUGGCUGGAGGAAACUGCUUUACCAACUGUUCAUGCUUGGGUCAUGCUUUUCUAUUUUUAUUUGUGUCGCCAAGCAAUAAAUAAAGUUCCAACACCCCGAUGCAGCAGACAGUACAAACUGGUCCACCAUCAGUGAUUUGGAAAGCAUGCCCAGCCCUAGUUCUCCACAGCAUGUGGACUAAAGUAUCUGCAAAGAGGGAGGAAGAGGAAUGGGGACAGUGGCCUCAGCCCUCAGACAGGCGUGAAACAGGCUGCAAAAGAGGGAACUACAGCAGCGCAUGCAAUAGGCAAGAAGCCCUCUGUCAGCAAUGCUUGAUUUAGAAAUCAUGCGGGGCCAGAGGUAGAGGUGGAUGAGCCCUUCCUGUCAUGCUGGCAACCAAAACCAGCAAUAGUCUCAUUAAAAAAAGCAUUGCUCAGUCCAUUUCCACUAAACCUCCACAUCCACCCAGUUGUGCCCAAUAGGGCGACCAGGUGUCCAGUUUUUGACUGGAAAGUAGGGAGAUUUUUGUCUACCUCGCAUUUGCCCCUAUACGCCAUCUUGGAUUCAACAACAACCUUGGAAUCCAUGUUGGGUACCCUUCUUCUCCACCACUUUUGGUUUUGGCGCCUUUUUCCAUCCAAAGGCGGGAAACUGGCAGUUCAACUGACAGAGUCUGCCCAGCAACUGGGACAGUAUAUAAGAUCAGUUCACCAGUCAGGCGGGGCUGCCUAUCCUGGAGGCAGAGUGUGCUGCUGUUCUAGGGAAUAGUUAGUGCUGCUGUCUGCAGGAUAGGUAGGCCUAGUACCACACAAGGGAUGUAGGGAGGGUAACUCACCUUGCAUGCGAGGAUAGCUGUCAUCCACUGUCCUGAUUCUUCAACUCCCAUCCACCCACGACGGUGCCAGGAGGAAGAUCGGUAAAAGAAGGAGACAGAGUGAUCAUCUCACCGUCGGCGGUCCUGCUUCCCAUACCUACCAGUGUCAUCUGGAUCUGGAGUCUAGUCAGUUGUGAUAGUGCGAGCUGCUUCUCAAGCUGCAAGAGAUGGCAAAGAAGCAACAUCUUGUUCUUUACUAGGAUUGAUCUGGGUUUAUCCUUGGGUCAGACCUUCAAGCCCUCUAACUUCUUACAGCCAAAGCCUGUCAUAUUCUGGUCCCCUUUUCUGUUACAAUUGGGAGUCUCUUAAUGUUUACAUAGCUGUACUUACCUGUGUUACUUACCUUGUCUUACCUACUUGUUUAACUUUUCCCUGUUAAUAAAACUGUUCCUUUUGCACCUUA